GCUUUCAAGACAGCGAUAACUUGCUGCUGGUCUCCAGUUCAGCCGUUCUUCUCUACAUCUCGUGCAUCCUUUAAAACGUUGACGUCUUCAAGAUGGCUGCAAAGAUAAUCAUCUAUCAAGACAAAAACUUUGGAGGCGUUUCCCGUGAAGUGACCGAAAACAUUUCAAAUCUUACUUCCAUUGGAUUCAAUAAUAGGAUAUCGUCCAUUAAGGUUCUUGGAAGUGUGUGGGUCGGGUAUGAACACGAGGACUACCAAGGGAAACAGUACAUCUUAGAAGAAGGUGACUAUGCUAACAGGAGGGACUGGGAUGGAUCAAAUGAUCAGCUUUCUUCACUCAAGAAACUGACCAUUGAUAUUGGAGAGACCCCUCAGAUCACCCUGUUUCAACACGACAACUAUGGUGGCAAUGCUGUUAACUUCACCUAUGGGAUAGAAGUCCUUAGCUACUACCACUUCAACAAUAAGACUUCCUCCCUGAGUCAAAACUCUCCAAUCUGGAUUUUGUAUCAAUAUCCUAUAUACCGAGGCAAGCAGUUCAUCGUAACUGAAGGUUUCUACCCAAAUGCAGAAAAAUGGAGGGGCAGAGACGACCAGGUUUCAUCACUGCGACCAAUUAAGGAACCUUUCUACACAACCGAGAUAUUGAACAUGGAGUUUGACAUCCCAGCGGGGUCAAUGGCUUCAACCUGUCUCAGUAAUGACUCAAGUGCGGACCAACAAGCAUCUUGGAGAGCAAGGCGAACAGUCACUACAACUAAGACUUACCAAUGGCACUGGAAGAACCCAACUGCUGUCAGCGUCGACACGACAUUAUCAACGGGCGUGCCAUUUAUCACCGAUGGGGAAAUCAAGAUGAGUGUGAGUAACUCUUUCUCAGUCGGUGAAAACAAGGGUAGUUCCAAUACCCAGUCUGAUGAGUGGAGCUUUGAUCUGCCGGCUAAGGUCAUUGCGAAAACCUUGCUGAGAGUUCAGGUGAACAUGCAGGAAGGGAAGAUUGAUGUCCCUUUCACUGCGACGUUGAAGAAGGGGAACAGAACCUGGAAGGAGAUCGGGACGUUCAUAGGAACCCAAAGCUUCAAUCUACAAGUAGACUACACAGAGACACCACUGUAAAUCUUCAUCCUCAAUAACCCCCCCCCCCUGCAUGUGACGUCACACGCUUGAGAAGCGCCCUCACUGGGUGUCAAAUAAGGUAAAAACGUGCGGUUUCAGGUUGAACUAUUAUCAACUAAUGAUUUUAAUCACUACAAAGUGUAAUUUAAAUUCCAUAACAAUGCGAACAAACUGGUCUUAAGGGUGGACCACCGCUGUUUUAUGCAAGACAUAUCAAAAAAAUUCAAAAUGUAUUGUUUACACAGACUAUAUCAAAUAAAGACAGUAAAUAAAGACAAAGCGACAGUUAAACAAUACUAUCAUGUAUACAUUAGUUGUAAAAACUAGGUCAUCAGGUAAAAAAUAACGAUGUUAUUAGAUAAUCCACAAAGAUCGAUAUUAAAAUUAUUUCAAACACUUUAUUAUAUUUUAUUUAUUGACCAAACCAACAGCGGACGAGCCGCCAAAUA